GGCAGAAGCAGCAGCUAUAAGGCUGAUCUGGGGCUAAGUUGUUGUGUUGAGCUUUGCAGCUGAAGUUCGGGCUCUCGAUCUGAUUAACCAUGCUCCGGACAGCCUUGGGGAGCCUCUGCGGUAGGGUGGCUCGUAUGCCACUGGGGGUACAGCUCUGCAGGUAUUCCGUUGCAAUCCCAACUCCAAACCCCAAGCCAGAUGUGCACUUCAACCAGCUCUUUAUAAACAACGAGUGGCAUGAUGCUGCCAGCAAGAAGACCUUCCCCACCAUCAACCCAUCCACAGGAGAAGUGAUAUGCCAUGUUGCAGAGGGAGACAAAGCUGAUGUGGACAAAGCAGUUAAAGCUGCACGUGAGGCAUUCAGAUUGGGAUCACCAUGGAGAAGAAUGGAUGCAUCUCAAAGAGGUGUUCUGCUAAACCGCCUGGCAGAUCUUAUUGAGAGAGACAGAGCUAUAUUAGCAACUUUGGAGACCUUAGACAAUGGAAAACCAUAUGCAAUUUCUUAUGCGGUGGACUUGGAUCUUGUAGUAAAGUGCCUAAGAUAUUAUGCAGGCUGGGCUGACAAAUGUCAUGGAAAAACAAUCCCAAUCGAUGGAGAUUAUUUUACCUACACCAGACAUGAACCGGUUGGAGUUUGCGGACAGAUCAUUCCGUGGAAUUUCCCGCUACUGAUGCUGGCGUGGAAAUUUGGACCUGCUCUGGCCACUGGAAAUGUGAUUGUCAUGAAGGUGGCUGAGCAGACCCCUCUCACUGCUCUGCAUGUUGCCAGCCUUGUGAAAGAGGCUGGAUUCCCACCGGGUGUUGUGAAUAUCAUUACUGGAAUGGGUCCCACAGCUGGUGCAGCUAUCUCCUCUCACAUGGACGUGGAUAAAGUAGCAUUUACUGGCUCUACAGAGGUUGGUCGUUUAAUCCAACAAGCAGCUGGGAAGAGCAAUUUGAAAAAAGUGACGCUGGAACUUGGCGGAAAGAGCCCAAAUAUUAUCUUUUCUGAUGCUGAUUUGGAUUGGGCUGUGGAGCAGGCCCACUUUGCUCUGUUCUUUAACCAGGGCCAGUGCUGCUGUGCUGGCUCUCGCACCUAUGUUCAGGAAGAUAUCUACAAUGAGUUUGUUGAGAGGAGCAUACAAAGAGCAAAGAAUAGGAUUGUGGGGAACCCCUUUGACUUUAAAACAGAACAAGGACCUCAGGUGGAUGAGGAGCAGUUUAAUAAAGUUCUGGGGUAUAUAAAAUCUGGAAAAAAGGAAGGUGCAAAACUCCUCUAUGGUGGUAACCCUGCUGCUGAUCGGGGCUAUUUUAUCCAGCCCACCGUUUUUGGGGAUGUGACUGACAACAUGACCAUUGCUAGAGAAGAGAUUUUUGGACCUGUGAUGCAAAUCCUAAAGUUUAAAUCCAUUGAAGAGGUGAUUGACCGAGCCAACAACUCAAUGUAUGGUUUGGCAGCUGCUGUGUUCACAAAGGACAUUGAUAAGGCUCACUAUGUGUCUCAGUCAGUAAGAGCUGGAACUGUCUGGAUUAACUGCUAUGAUGUUUUUGGAGCUCAAGCCCCCUUUGGUGGAUUCAAGGCAUCAGGAAUAGGAAGAGAACUUGGCGAAUAUGGACUUGAGGCAUAUACAGAAGUGAAGAAUGUCACCAUUAAGAUUCCCCAGAAGAAUUCCUAAAUGUGUUGUGAAAGAAAAACCACUGGGAAACUGUAGGGUUGGUUCUGGCUUUAUAAGUUCAUAUUAGCUGCUUUCAGAGUUUAGUGGCCACCUUUUAAAACCCUUUUAUGUCUUGAAUUAACAAAUAGCUUUACUUUUCUGUAAUUCUGUAAUGCUUUUUUUUUUUUUUUUUUUUUUUUUUUGCACACAGAGCAGAUUAAAACCGUGCAGUAAAAUGAAUCUUAAAAAGUAAUGCCCAAACAGAAAGCACUUAAUCCUAUACACGGUUUUCAGAAUACCCCAGGCUCUGUGUUGCCAGGCAUCAAUGUGAUAUUUGCCCCAAAAUACCAUCAAGUGGCUUUGGACUCCAAACUAUUCAAGAAAGUUUUGUUAAACUUCACACUGGAAUUUCUUCUGGCUUCAAACUGUGACUUUCCAUCAUAUACCAGCUGCAAUAGAGGCACUUCUAAUACAUAAUAAAGUCAUAUAUUUCUGUA